CUUUCUCUUAUCUCUGAUGCUUCAUUUGCUGGAUUUGUGCCUGCCAUAAAGCUAGUGAAGGCACAGGAAUCUUGCCAGGAAUUUUUUUAAAAAUUACACUUGACAGUGUGGCAGCAUCCAUAUCUGAAUGUGUUCAAGCACUUUAAAGUGGAGGAAUGGAAAAGGUCCACCAAGGAGGGCGAUGUGACAACCUUGAUGGACAAGACUCUGAAAGGGACGGUCUAUCGCAUCAGUGGUGCUGUUCCUGCCAGUAACUACCUGCAGCUUCCCAAGACCAGUACGCAGUCACUGGGCCUUACUGGUCAUUAUCUCUAUAUCCUCUUCAAGCCGAUACCAGCCAGAUACUUUGUGGUGCACCUGGAUGUUACCACUGAGGACAGCCGGGUGAUCCGCAUCUCUUUUUCCAACCUUUUUAAAGAGUUCAAGUCAACAGCCACUUGGCUGCAGUUCCCCUUUAUUUGUGGGGCAGCGAAAGGGACGGUCUACGAAAGCACAGCCAAAGCUUCCAAGCGAGAUUUGGUGGGCCUGGCUCCCAGCAAUGUGCGGUGGACUUUCCUGGCGCUUGAUCUCCGCUAUAUUCUCUCCCUGUACUUGAACAGAAGCUUCAGCCAUCUGAAGGGCAUCAAGCUCUGUUCCAACCUGCUGGUGAAAAACCUGUUCACUAGCGACUUGGUCUUUGACCCCGCCAUGACCUUCUCUGAGGCUCAUCAGUCCAAACUGACGUUGCACGGCAUUUCCCCCAUACCGCGGGAAAUGGCAUUUCCUGUUCCAAAAGGUGAAACAUGGCAUGAACUCUAUGAUUACGUUAGGUUCCCUUCUGAUGGGUCCAAGAUGCCAUUUGACUCUAUUCAAAAAGGCACUUUGAAUCCUGCUGCAGUUGUUCAUGCAGAAGAUGAUCCAGUUGGCCAGGUGCCAGAAGAAGUAUCUCUGAGCAAGCCUGUCCGGGACAGAGUGUCUCUUAUCCAACAAAUUACCAGUCCCAAAGAGAUGCCUCGCCAGUCGCCCCUCCUUACGCAGCGCAUCCCCAGGAAUCACAGGGCAGCCUCUGAGCCUCUGCAGCCCUCAGACACCUUGGGUCACACCUGCUGGGGAGAAGGCCUGCAGGCCAGGGGGGAUUCCUGCCUGCCAGGCCCUCCCGUGCAUGACGACAGCAUUCAUGUGUAUGCCCACAGAAAUGGGGAUGUGACUGUCCAUGCAAUCAGCGUUGAUUCGGAUGAGAGUGGGUACGCACAAAUGCCUAGGCCAAGGGUAAUCUCUGCCAAGAACUCUGCUCGCAGCACGAUUGGUCUGCAGAGGCUCUUACCGGAUCCGAUCCUGAGGCUGAAGAAGAUUAUUGGGUUUGGAGGCUGCAGCACCAGAUGGGCUCUGUGGGCUGCCGACGGGUCCGAGGUGGUCUAUCCCUGCCACGCUCUGAUUGUUGCAAUAAAGCUUGACUCUGGCAAGCAGAGGUUCUUUGCUGGCCACACUGAUAAGGUGGUGGCACUGGCCUUCAAUGGCAACUGCACUUUGUUGGCGUCUGUGCAGGUGGGGCAACUGAGCAUGAUGCGCCUCUGGGACUUUCCGGCAGGGAAGUUCCUCUGCAUGUUUAAAGCAGGCAUGCAUUCGGUCUCUUGCCUCAGCUUUUCCUACAGUGGGAGUGUCUUGUGCGGCACUGGGAAAGACAGUCAUGGGAAAACGGUGGUGGUGGUCUGGAGCACCCUUCAGGCACAUCAUGGCGGGGAGGUGGUGGCACUGGCCAAGGCGCACACGGAUGUGGACAUCCAGACCAUGAAGAUUGCUUUUUUUGAUGAUACCAGGAUGGUGUCAUGUGGAAGAGACAAUGUGAGGCUGUGGAGGGUCCGGAGCGGAGUGCUGCGCUCCUGCCCGGUAAACUUAGGCGAAUACCGUUCUCUGGAGUUCACAGACCUGGCUUUCGAGGCCGGCCAUUCCUCCCAGCGCGAGCCAGAAGACAGGACUCUGUUUGUUUGCAGCCGGAGUGGGCAUGUUUUGGAAAUAGACUACAAAAACAUCACUGUCAAAAAUGCCCGACGCCUCCUACCAUCCGAGGUGAAGCACUCUCACCAGCAAGAAAAGCAAACGUUUAACUCAGGUCCUGGGAUUGCACUGAACAGCAUAAGCCUGUCUUCAAGUUUCUGUGCUACGGCCUCCGAAGACGGCUACGUGCGCCUCUGGCCGCUGGAUUUCUCCGAAGUCUUCUUGGAAGCAGAGCAUGACUACCCAGUGAGUUCUGUUCGAAUCAGCCCAGAUAAUCUGAAGGUUUUGUGCACAACUGCCACUGGGAAUGUGGGCUGCCUGGACAUCCAGUCUAGAGACUACUGCACAAUUAUGCGCUCCCACAUGGAUUCUGUUUUGGCCUUCUCUGUGGAGAGAUCCCAGAAGCAACUAGCGACUGUAUCUCAGGAUAACACCAUUCGCAUCUGGAACCUGGAGUCUAUGCAGCAGCUGUAUGAAUUCACUGCCUCUGAUGAGACCCCAUGUGCCGUGGCAUUUCAUCCCUCCCAACACAUUUUCGCCUGUGGUUUCGGUUCUGGUGUGGUGAGGACCAUCAGCUUGGCUGCCUCAGCACUGCUUGAGGAACACAAGCAGCAUCGUGGCUCAAUCACUGGUUUGACCUUCUCCCCAGAUGGCAAUUUUAUGUACAGCUCCUGCACUCAUGGAACCCUGGCUCUUUAUAACUGUGCCAUCCAGAAAAGCCACACUGUCAGAGUUCUGGCUAACGUGGUGUCCCAAGAUGCUGACCAUGCACCUGAUGCCCUGUCUGUCAGCUGCGAUGGGCGCCUCCUGGCCUUUGUGGGACCCUCCAAAUACAUUGUGACGCUCAUGGACGCCCCGACACUCGAUGAGCUACUGAGAAUAGACGUGAGCAUACUGGACCUGGACAGUACUGCCCUGGAUGUAGCUGAGAGGGUCUGCUUUGCUCCUUUUCCUCUUGGCCACUGUUUGGUAACAACCUCCUCACAAAAGAUUCUUGUGCUGGAUGCCAAGUCUGGGCGCUUGAUCCGGAUGGUCUCGCAUGUGCACAAACAGUCUUGCUCUUCAUUGGCCUUGAGCCCAGAUGCUCGUUACCUCCUGACCGCUGGUGACAGGGUGAUCAAGGUGUGGGAUUAUGAGAUGAGAUUCGACAUCAGCUCCCAGGUGUUCAUUGGCCAUUCGGAGCCAGUGCAGCAGGUGCGGUUCACUCCUGACCAAAAGCAAGUGAUCAGUGUGGGAGAUGCCAUCUUUCUGUGGGAUUUCCUAGGUGUGUUUGCAGAAGAGUCCUCCAAGGAUGAAAUCGAUUCUGCUGAGUCCUUGAAUUCUCCCAAAGCUGAGGCCAUUCUGCAAGAGUUGCACAAUUUGACCCCCGGCGCCAAUGAUGCUCCCCGCCAGCUGGUCCCUGUGCCUUCCGUCGUGUCUCCACCAUGUCUGGACCUCAGCUCCAUCCCACGAAUGGCAGAUGAGGAUAUUUUUUCUGAAUCUGAAGAAGAGAAGGAAUCGUCUCCGAAAGGCUGCAGUGGAGAGGUUGCUAAUGGGGAUAAAGGCUGCUCUUUGAAGGAAGUCCACGGUGAAGAGCUUCCGGUCCAGAGGCCUAAAGCCAUUCAGCCUUCAUCAAGAUCCUGUAGCCACGCAGGGAAUGAACACAGGAAGGAGACCCAGAGUUCCCAGCCGCAGGACCUUAUCCGCCCAGACUGCUACCGACACUUUACCCCUCGUUUCAAAACUUCUGCACCCCACAAGGCAUUCUGCUCUCCGCUAGCUGCUAAUGAGAACCUGAAACUAAAAACGGUCAUUGGCUAUAAUGGAAAUGGGAGGGGGAAUAUGGUCUGGAAUCCAGAUACAGGUUUCUUUGCCUACAGCUGUGGCUGUGUGCUCAUAGUUGAAGACCUGCACUCUGGAUCUCAGCAGCAUUGGCUUGGCCAUCCUGAGGAAAUUUCAACACUGGCACUUAGCCAUGAUGCUCAGGGCCUUGCCUCUGCCUCUGGCCAGGGCCGUAGAGACGCACGCUGCCAAAUCCGCAUCUGGGACGUUCAGAGUGGGACAUGUCAAAAGGUUCUGUUCCAUCACGAGACCCAAGUGCAAGCCAUGGCAUACUCGCGAGAUGACCGCUUCCUCGUUACACUAGGGGAUUAUGUUGACAGAAUCAUUGCUCUGUGGAGUGCCCACACAUACGACCUGAUGUCCUCUACCCGGCUCUCUGAGCCAGUCCACGAAGUUGCCUUCAGCCCACUUUCCGUGGGACACCUCACCUGCGUGGGAAAGGGAGCCGUGACCUUCUGGCUAAUGGAGCAGCAGGGAGCUGACAUCAGCCUCAAGGUUCACAGAGUCCCCGUUCCCGAUGCUGUCGGCCCAGUGGAGCUUACGUCCCUGUGCUACAGCGCUGGCUGCCUUCUGUACAUUGGGACCAGUGCGGGACAGAUCUGUGCCUGGGACAUGGAGGUCAGCCGCUGCUUCAUGACCUGGGAAGCAACAGAGGGGGAGAUCGGUGUGCUAAAGUGUCACACUAACCGGCUUGUCAGUGGCAGCAACACCAAGAAAAUCCAGCUGUGGUCCGUGGCGGCUGUCCAGGAGUUGCGAGUAAAAGGUUCUAGUGCCAGCUCCAGCUCAGUCCUCUUGGAGCAGGAAAUGACCCUGGACGGGACCAUAGUGAGUGCCGCCUUUGACGACUGCAUGGACAUGGGGAUCGUUGGCACUACGGCGGGGACGCUGUGGUACAUCAACUGGGUGGACAGCACCAGCAUCCGGCUGAUCAGCGGGCACAAGAAUAAGGUGCACGACGUGGCCUUCAGCCCCGGCGAGUCCCACUGUGCCACCUGUGGGGAGGACGGCAGUGUGAGGGUCUGGUCCCUGGCCAGCAUGGAGCUGGUGGUGCAGUUUCAAGUGCUCAAUCAGAGCUGCAUUUGCCUGGCCUGGAGCCCAUCGCCCAGCUCGGUCAGCGGGGCAGAGAGCCGGCAUAUAGUGGCAGGAUAUAGCGAUGGCACCAUGCGUGUGUUCAGCAUCUCACGGACGGAGAUGGAACUGAAAAUGCACCCGCACUCGGUGGCUGUGACAGCCCUCGGAUAUUCCGCAGAUGGGGAGAUCAUCUUGUCUGGAGGGAAGGAUGGACUCAUGGCUGUCAGCAGUCCGCGAACAGGGAUGACGGUCCGGGUCCUGGCCGACCACCGCUCCUCUCCCAUCAGUGUCAUCCACUGCACAAGGAAGCAGCACACUGAACUUGGGGUUGAAGGUGGUGAUCUUUGGUUGGCUGCAAGUGCUGAUCGACGUGUCAGUGUCUGGGUCUCUGACUGGAGGAAGGACAAAUGUGAGCUCAUUGAUUGGCUAAGCUUCCCAGCCCCUACGGGCCCUGAGGUGUCCGGCCCUUUACCUCCUAGCCUGGCAGCAUUUUGCCCUUGGAACAAAAACAUGAUUGUUUAUGUGGGCUUUGGAUUACAGAAGGAGAUCCUCUUCUACAGCCUGCAGCAGAAACAGGUCGUUGAGAAGAUCCCGUUGCCUUACUUUGCCAGCUCCUUGAGCUUGUCUCCUGCUGCCUGCGCCAUAGCGGUGGGCUUCAGCGAGCGGGUCUUGAGGCUGAUCGACCACGCAGUAAAGACUGGCCAGGACUAUGUGGGGCACGACGACGCGGUUUGCCUCUGCAGGUUCACCCCCUCUGGGAAGCGCCUCUUCACAGCUUCAUACAAUGAGAUCUUUGUGUGGGAGGUCCAGAACAGAUGAACAGAGCGCGCCAUCGCCGGCUACCCCGGCUUGGAGCCCAGCAGAACCACUCACACAGUUGCUGCCUCUGAGCACUGAAAACUACUCCCGUUGCUAUGCACCAGCUCCAACUUCCAGUUCUGAGCUUAGCGGCCAACCUUUCAGAUCCGUGGUAGUCUCCAGUGCAGGGGUCCAUGUGGGAACAGUUUUGCCGGCAAGCUGAACUGCCCCACAAUUUUAAAGACACUCGUAUCAGAAGAAGGCGGUGCUGUGGCAAUCAGCCAGCAUGUAGGGAUUGGGCACAAACCUUUCGUAUAUGCAAGUUGCUGCCCUUUCUUGCGUGUGUGUGCAUGUGGGCACAGUGAGGAAUUCUUUUGAUCCCCCGUCUGUUCCCAGCAGCUCUGGCCAGUCUUCUCUCUUUCCCAGUUCAAUGAGCAGGCUCCCUUGAUAGCGCCUCCUGAAGUUUGAGAUGGAGAAGACAUUUGGAGUAUUGGCAAGUGGUGGGCAUUACCUAGAUUUUAUGGGAAGGAUUUGUAACUCUUUGAAUAUGUGUCCCAGACGAUCAGCAGACUCAGAGUGCUCAGCACAGUGCUCCCUUCCGACACGCAAGGCGCAAAUGGUGCAUCCCUUGGCUAAUUUUCCUGCGCAUGGAGGCGACCGCAGUGGCUGAGCAAGCUGCUCGGACAACCAAGGCUCCCUGGCCUGCCCCUUGUGGGCCAAAGCAGCAGCACUGGGCGAUACUGUGGACCUUCCCACCGAACGCCCCAGCCCCUGCUGAGGAGGGCCGUCUGUGGCCGGCAGCGGAAGCGCAGCUCUGCAGUGCCGCUCGUGAGGUGGCAGAGAGAGCAAGGUGAUGUUCUGGUUAUCUUUGGUUAUGUAUGUUACUUGGGUUCUCUCGCUCCGUGCGUGUGUAAAAUUUUAUUUUUCUACGCCUUAAAAUGGAACCUCUGCUUUGGUUGUUCAUCCUUUUCCGUACUAAAUUUUGGGUUUAUGUUUGUGCCUUAGCUAUAUUUUCUAUCAAUGGGAGGUGAACAAGAAGAAAUUUCAGUAAAGGGGGAAGGGAUCACCAAUUUACUGAAUUUGCUCAGCACAAGCUCAUGUAAAAAAACAAUCCUAAAUAUUAUUAAACAUGCUCAGAAGCUUGGAAGUGGGGGGAGUGGCAACCACUGAGUACAUUUUGUGAGUAUAAAUUUGACUUUUUAGACAAUAUUUUUAAAGGAAUGUUAUUAGGAAGAUUCUAGAGUUUUAUAUUUAAUUUGUGCAAGUUUGUGUGUUUGCUUUGGUUUCAGACUGAAUAGAUUAUCGGGUACAAGUUUCCUUUUUAGGUACAGACCUACCUAGAAGGAAACCUGGACCCCAGGUAACAGUGAAAUAACUAGUAUUCCCACUCAUUCAUUGUAGUCCUGUAAUAGCACAGAAUCACAUCGCUACCAUUAAGGAAGAAGUAGGAGAAAGGGAAUUUUCUUGUGUUCAGUUUUUAAUUCCAAAUAAAUGAAGUUUUUUGCCUAUGAA